UCAAAUCCUUUAGGACUUUAGUUGAAAUACCGUCAACUGGGACUCUAACCCUUUAGGACUUUAGUUGAAACAUCGUCAACUGGGACUCUAAUUCUUCUUCAGCCAUAGGCAACUCUAAACAGGGUCCAGCAUAAGAGGAAGAGGGACUACGAUGUCAGAGCUUUAGGAUGGCCACGGAAAGCUCCACUAUUCCCAAUCCUGUUGUCUGCCAAAUCGACAAGCAGUUCCUGAUCUGCAGCAUAUGUCUGGACCGCUACCAGAAUCCCAAAGUACUGCCCUGCCUGCACACCUUCUGUGAGAGGUGCUUGCAGAAUUACAUCCCAGCCCACAGCCUCACCCUGUCGUGCCCUGUGUGCCGUCAGACAUCAAUACUCCCAGAGAGGGGGGUGGCCGCGCUGCAGAACAACUUCUUCAUCACCAACCUGAUGGACGUGCUGCAGCACAGGCCAGAUACCUGCAGGCAGGAGGCCACCACCCUCAGCAACAUCACCACCGUGGCAACGGGUCGACUGCUCUCCUGCCCCAACCAUGGAGGAAGUGUGAUGGAGUUUUACUGUCCUCCAUGUGAGACAGCCAUGUGUCAAGAGUGCACAAGCGGCGAACAUAGAGAGCACCCAACUGUGCCUCUUAAAGAUGUGGUGGAGCAGCACAAGGCCUCACUGCAGGACCAGCUGAAUGCUGUGAAGAAGAGACUGCCAGAGAUCGACUCGGCUCUGCUGUUGCUGUCAGAAAUCCUGCAACAGCUGACCAAUCAGAAAAGCUCCAUAGAAGAUGACAUCCACACAACCUUUGAUGAGCUGCAGAAGACUCUCAAUGUUCGCAAGAGUGUUUUACUGAUGGAGCUGGAGGUCAACUAUGCACUCAAACAGAAGGUUCUUCAGGCCCAGCUGGACACUCUGCUGCAGGGCCAGGAGGGCAUCAACAGCAGCUGUAACUUCACGGAGCAGGCUUUGAGUCAUGGCACCGAGGCAGAGGUGCUGCUGGUCAAGAAGCAGAUGGGCGAGCGCCUCGUGGAGCUGGCCAAUCAGGAACUUCCUUUGCAGCCUGGGGAAAACAGCCAGCUGGACUUCCUCAUGGAGACUGAUGGAUUAAAGAAAUCCAUCCACAAUUUGGGUACCGUGGUAACUACAAAUGCUGUCGCAUCAGAAACCGUGGUGACAGGUGAAGGGCUGCGGCACUGCGUGGUGGGCGUGCCCACGGCUGUCACCAUAACUACCAAGGACAAAGAUGGAGAGCUGUGUAAGAUGGGUAACGCAGUCAUCGCUGCUGACAUCUCUUCCCCUGACGGGAGCAAAGUUGACGGGGAGAUACUGGACAACCAGAACGGCACGUAUGAGUACCUAUUCACUGCUCCCAAAGAAGGCUUUCUGACCCUAUCCCUGCGCCUGUACAACCAGCACAUCAGAGGAAGUCCCUUCAAAAUAAAGGCCACCAUCCACUCAUCCCCAAAUACAGAUGGCACCAAAAAGACGCUGAAGUCUCCGGGCAGUGGACACGUCAAGCAGAAAGCCAUCAAGAGGCCGGCGAGCAUGUACAGCACAGGGAGGAGGAAAGAAAAUCCCAUUGAAGAUGACCUCAUCUUUCGGAUAGGCACUAAAGGAAGAAAUAAAGGGGAGUUCACAAAUCUGCAGGGAGUGGCUGCCUCCUCUCAGGGAAAAGUCCUAAUAGCAGACAGCAACAACCAAUGUGUUCAGAUAUUUUCUAAUGACGGCCAAUUCAGAAGUCGUUUUGGCAUCCGUGGCAGGACCCCAGGUCAGAUGCAGCGGCCGACGGGCGUGGCUGUCCACCCCAGUGGUGACAUCAUCAUUGCAGACUAUGACAACAAAUGGGUCAGCAUCUUUUCAAAUGAAGGCAAGUUUAAGAACAAAGUGGGCUCAGGGAAGCUGAUGGGACCCAAAGGCGUUGCGGUGGACAGGAACGGACACGUCAUUGUGGUCGACAAUAAGGCCUGCUGCGUUUUCAUCUUCCAGGCCAAUGGCAAGCUGGUCACCAAGUUUGGUAACCGUGGCAACGGUGACAGGCAGUUUGCAGGUAUUCCCAAAGAUAGAACUUUGAGAUGCAUGUGGAAAGCUGCAUGUGUGCCAAAACAUUCAGAAGUCAUCCACUUGCUGUUUUUCUCUCACACACACAACACUAAAAUUGCACAUAUACACUAAAAUAUCACACACACACAAAGCAUACAGACAUACUAUUC